AAUGGUUUCCAAGAUCUCCAGAAAGAGAAAGGUAACUCCGAAGAAGCCCAGCCCGAAGCACCACCAGCGCCGACGCAAGAAAUCUCCCUUUCAAAUCUCUCACCACCGCCCCCUCCGCCCAUCGCCUCCUCCAUCGACCGCUCUCUCCGCUCAUGCCGCCGCCAUCUCCUCAAGCUCUUCACCCGCCUCGCCGUCCUCGGCACCCCCACCAAACUCCCCCGCAAACCCGGCGGCUACCGCCGUCUAACCCCUCUCUCCGACGAACCCCUCCUCUAUCCACUGGAAAACACCGCCAACGAGAGAAAGAAAACCAUAAUCCUCGAUCUAGAUGAAACCCUAGUCCAUUCCCAAACCGAUCCCCCACCGGCAAAGUACGAUUUUACCGUCCAUCCGAUGAUCGACGGCCGGAUCAUGACCUUCUACGUGCUGAAGCGGCCGGGGGUGGAUGAGUUCCUGAAGGCGAUCUCGAAGUCCUUUGAGGCGGUGAUCUUCACGGCGGGGUUGAAGGAGUACGCGUCGUUGGUGCUCAACCAAUUGGAUCCAUCCGGCGAGCUGAUUUCCCAUCGAUUGUAUAGAGAUUCUUGCAGGGAAAUGGAUGGGCAAAUUGUGAAGGAUCUCGCCGGAGUGGGGAGAGUGUUGGAUCAGGUGGUUAUCGUCGAUGAUAAUCCGAACGCGUACGCGUUGCAGCCGGAGAACGCCCUGCCGGUGAGCCCCUUCGUUGAUGAUCUUGGAGAUCGGGAGCUCUGGAGGGUGAUGGAGUUCUUGGAUGUUGGUCUUCAUCGCUGCGAGGAUGUGAGGGACUCCAUUGCUUUGGUAUCUCGCCGGAGAUACGCCGGAGGUGAAGGUUAGUUAAGUCUUUUUCUCAAUGGGUAUUUUUGGAAUUUCAGGAUCUACCUGAAUUUAAAUUUGGGAAUUUGUUGUAUGAUUAAUAGAGCUUAUUCUUUCAAUUUGUUUGAUGGAAGUAUGGAACGCACUCAUGAUUUUUUUAUUUUAAUUUUUAUUGGGGAUGUUAUGAAUUUGUGGGUUUUAUUAUAUAUAGUCAUUUAUUGGAUAGCUUUCAAUAGUAUAACACCAAAAUGUAAAAGGAGGAGAUCAAGGGU